AUGUUGUCUACAGUUGGAGGCCUUCUGGCCCUAGUGAUGAUUCUCACGCACACAUCAGAUGUCCAUGCUCAGUGCACUAUGAUAGACACCUGUUCUUGUUUCAUGCCAGAUGGAAAUGUGGUGGAUAUAACCUCAUUAGGAGACAAUAAUGGCUUUGCCAAGUUUUUCGCCAUCCCCGCUCCUGAUAACUUUUAUUAUUCGCUGAAUCUGUGCUAUCCGUUCAACGAAGGAUCGUGUGCUGGAGCCGCUGGAUGUCAAACAUCACCAGACUUCACCAGCACGUACCAAAUAGGGGACUCCAGCACAGCCAUGUUCAGCACAGACGCAUCCAACAACGUUCACGUCAUAUACACGUCACCUGCUGAUGAUGGCAGAUUCAGAACGGUCGACGUCACUUUGCUGUGUGAUGCUAAUGCAAUAGACCCCACAAUACAGGUGUUGGGGGAACAGGGUUUCAACUCUCUUCUCUAUGCGUUCACUAUAACCUCACACUGCGCCUGUCCUGGAGCAUGCUCUCUCAAUCCAAACCCGAUAGACCCCGGUAAGGCGACGAUAACUGUAGAAGCCGGGAUAAGUGCGGGAACCGUUUUAUGUAUAAUAGCAAUUGUUGGAAUUAUUGUUUAUGUUGGAGGAGGGAUGACUUAUAUGAAGGUUAAAAAACAGGCAACUGGGACAGGGAUGAUUCCAAACAAGGACUUCUGGACAGCGAUUCCUGGACUUAUAAAGGAAGGAGCAGUUUUUACUUAUCAGAAGAUCCGAGGGAAAAUUUCCGGAAAACAAUAUUCUGCAAUAUAA